AAUCAGAGCAGUUGAUUACCAACGAUCCAACACGACGCAUCUUUUAUUAAAUACUCCAAUCAUUCGUCCUGGAUUGUCCUAACCUAGCCCAUCCCAUCCGGGCCCCGAUCUAUUAACCAACUGGUAUAAAAUAUAAUGUCACCGUUUGUUUUCUAAACAAUUUCCAAAUAAAAUAAACUAUUCUUAAAAUCAAAAUGUGGAGAACCUACAUUGCCCUUCUAGUCAGCUUGAGCUUAAUAGCUACUGUAAUCUGUUCUGAAAAAGAAAAUGGAAACGGACUAACUAAAGAAAAAACAACUGAUGGAAGCGGAUUAACUAACCCCAACAAAGUUGAUGUAGGUCGACUAUUUUAUAACAGCUACUCAUCGUUCUACAACUUCCUACAGAAGGUGAAGAUUGUAUCCUACGACACCUUCUCCACCUACCUCACCUUGCCCAGGAAGGAUUAUGGCGUUUACUUCAACAGCUCGACGGGGGCGUAUUCAGAUCUCCAGACUUUUGUAGGAGCAGCUUUGCUCUUCGGUGCAGGAGCUGCUAUUAUUGGCUAUCUUCCUUCCAAGAUUCUCGAACUGUCAGGGAGGGAGGAUGUGGAUUUGUAUGAUGAAUAUGAUACCCUAGGAUACAGAUUAAGCAAUGACGAGGGGUUCUACGAGGACAGUUAUGAUUACUAUAGUUCAGCCAGUAACCCGGUUCCAUCCAAGAAGAAAGCGAACAUGAAGAAGAACAAGGAGAAAAUAGAGAAGAUGGAGAAGAUGAUGAAGAAGGAGAAGAAGAGCUUGAAGAAGAACCGGAGGAAGGAUGAGGAAGAAGAGGGAAUGAGUGUGUAUAGUGAUUACUGGUCGAGAAACAAACGCAGAGCAGGAGGAUCAGGAGAACCUCAGAAGGAAUCUCGCAGUAUUGUUGGUUCUAAGCCCUAUUAUGGUGAAAGUUUAAACUUUAAAAAUCCGGGAGACAAUGUUCCAAAUCUCCGAAAUGAACGAAGGCCGGGAAAAAUACCCAGAUUUAAUUUUUAUCCAGGGCAGCCCACCAACCCGACUCCUAGGUCUCAGAUUCAAUCCAUCUCGGCCCAGGACUGGGCGGAUGUGUACGGUACAACUACCUGGCCGGGUCAGCAGACUGUACACGAGACGAAGACGACUUUAAACACGGAGUUCCCCGUCUCACAACAGUUGGACAGUUCAGUUCUCAAUGAUAUUUAUAGCAAUCAUGGACAACAAAAUAGUUACUAAAGAUUGCCUGAGAGAGGGGGGGGGGGGCGUACUUCCCUAGAGAUUGAAAAAUGAAAUUUAAACGACAAAAGCAAGGAUAAUAAAACUUAAUUACUUUUUUUAAGAUUUUAAAUUCCAAAACAAUUCUCGGCCCCCCUGGGCCCUGCCCUUGAAAAGUUAUAAACAAUAUUUUGUUUGUGUUGUGUACAAUUCCACCAAUUCUUAUCGUAAUGUGCAGAAUCUCAUAAGCGGAGCAUGGUCCCUUUUUAUUUGACAGAACAGUCCCUUUUUAUUUAACAGAACAGACCGUUUUCAGUUCAAUGAUUUAAUUAAUAUUUGACAUAUAUUUGAUGAAGAAUUAAUUUUCAUAACUAUCUGUCCGUCCUUGUUAAAUCAUAAAGCAUAAAGCUAGAAUUUAUUCUACCAUUAUUAAUCAUCAAAUAGAUAUUAUUCUAGAUCAUUUAGUUCCGGUUAAAUUGUGAAAUUGUAAAAGUAGGGUUUGCAAAGUGAUAAUGUAAUUAUAUUUAAAUAAUAUCUAAAUUAUCACACUUCUAUCUGUUAGUACUUAUACUUUAACUUGGUUAAAUCAGUAUACACAUGGUUAACCAUAUCGUAUACAAAUUUGAUAUUUUUUAGUAUACAAAACCACUACACGUAAUAUGUUGUAUGAAUGAUUGUUUCUGUACAAAUUAAUUUUAUUGACACA